GAAUGAAUGAAUGAAUGAAUGUAUAUAAAAUUAAGCGUCAGCUCCAUGUUUCAAUUUUGAACUGACAAUCUUUUUGAAAAUUGACAAUUUUAAGAAUUCUUUGAUAAAAUGGUUUAUUAUAAGAUUCUUAAGCUAAUUGUCACUUGUCAUCACUUACAGCAUCUAUAACAAGGUGCAUUACUCUUGCAUCUUUUUUUUUUCAAUAAUCGUCUUCGUUUCAAUCAUAGAACUUUGCUUUAAAAUGUUCAAUUUUUACUCAUGUUAUCUGUGCUACUGAACGGAUGAAUACUUCAGAUUCAUCAUUGUUAUGUUUUCUUUUAUAUAUUCUUCUCUUAUUCUAAUUUCGUCCGUUUCAUUGACAUGGUGACAUGCUGACAGGCUUGUUAAGUGUUUGAAAGUGGUUGGACAUUUCAUUUUAAUAUUGUUAUUGAUUUUUUUAAUAGUUAAGACUAUUUUUACUGCGUCCAGUAUAUCAAAGGUCUAGGGCACUAUAUUCUACUUGUUAAUUUGAUGUUGUUCUCUUUAUUAAGAUCCAGAUGCUGAAGAUGAACAAGUUAUUACGAGGAUGCCUCACAAUGCUGCAGCUAGCAGAAUUUCUGUCGCACCUCCGAUUGCGAGAAAACCCUCGCCUGGAACCAUACGGCGACGAAGGAACACGUGGCACCAAAGUACAGAUACGGUACAACUUCGGGAAAUUGAGCAGACACAAAAACCAGGAUCUCCAAUUCCAAGUACAGAACGAGAGCAAGCAGCACAUCCGGAUCCUGUAUUCUAUGUCCAAUCCUGUCAAGAUAUGAUACCGGUACCUCAACAAAAGCCAGAAAAAUAUAUAGCUUUGUGGGAUUACGAACCAAGAGCGCAGGAUGAAAUCGAACUCAAGGAAGGAAAUGUAGUGGCGGUCUUGGAAAAAUGUAAUCAAGAUUGGUUCCUUGCUGAAGCAAGCGGGAGACAGGGAUACAUCCCUGGUUAUUACGUUAAGAAGGCUGAAGAUAAAAAUCCAAGUGAUGACCUUACAAAUGAACUGGAGACGGUUUUACUUCGUCGCCGUGCUACGCUAGAAAAAUGAACUUCAAAAGAAAAAUAAAUAUAAAACUUACAGGGAGUGAUGUUUAUUUUUGAUCAAUAUCAAAUCAAGACAAAUUAUAAAUUAAUAAAUAAGACAAAAUGUAUAUUCAAGAAACAAGACUAAUUACAUCAAAUCAUAUCAAAAUAUAACUUAUUAUAUAUUCAGAUCACUUCAUAACCAUGAAACUUAUAUUCAAGACUUACACAAAUAGUAUAAAGUAUGUUCUUCUGCUUUCACUAGAAAAUUAUAUAGUGUAAACAUUUUAUACAACAAUAAACAAUAUUGUUUCUUCAAUUUACAAUUAAAUAUUGUUAAUUACAAGUGUUAAAUGAUUUUCUGAAUGACACUUGUUAUUCGUAAGAAAUUUC